UAGUAGAUCUUUCUGAUUGUUAGAGAGACAGAUUGACAUAGAAAUGUUGAGGGAAAUAGUCGCGCUAUGCGUGCUUGCUUCUGCAGCAGCUGCACCAAACAUUCGGAGUGACCAGAUCACGUGUGAAAUCUGUCACGUGGCUGUCCAUGAUCUGCAGAAACUCGUAGCUGAAAAUGCCACACAGGCUACAGUUGAAGAAAAGCUGGAGGACGUAUGUAACAGACUCACUUCGCAUGUCGACGAUUGCCUAGGGUUUGUCAGAUCUAAUGCUCCAAACAUUUUCCAAACACUCUCACAAAAACUGGAUCCUGAGAGUAUUUGCAUACUGUUAGAUGUGUGUCCAAAAGCGGGGAAUCAUGACGAAGAGACGACGGCUGUAACAGGCAGCGAGCUUUCACAUGAACAAGCCAGUCCAUUAGAAUGUGAAAUAUGCAAGCUGCUGAUCACCGAGCUGGAUACGCUGCUGAAAGAGAACAAGUCGCAAGAAAUCGUCAUAGAAACUGUCAACAAACUAUGCAGCGCUCUGCCAGACUCUUUCAAGAAAUUUUGUGAUGCCUAUGCACCGCAGAUAAUAGAACUCAUAGUCUCUGGCGUCGAUCCAAAGAAAGCAUGUGAUGACAUUAAAUUGUGCGCCGAAGGAGGUAAUACACAAGUAGAGAUUAAUACCUCCACGGGAGAGAAGGAAACCCCCAGAACUCAGAGGACAACAGAGGUGAGGACAUUGAAGGACCCAAUAUGUGAAGUUUGUAAACUGAUUGUAACUGAAGUAGACUGGUACCUAAAACGGAACGCCUCGUCGGAGUCAAUCAAUGUGACAGUUAACAAAGUUUGCAACAAACUUCCAUCAGCCUUCAAGAUAUUGUGCACUUCUAUGGCCCCAGGAAUCAUCAAGCAUUUGGAGGCAGGGUUUGAGCCCGCAUCAUCAUGUGUGUAUCUAAAACUCUGCACCUCAGUUUCAGACCUAGUUCAGUUGAAUCGUAAAAUUGAGGCCAAUCCCUUGGAGUGUGAGAUUUGCAAGCUGCUGAUAAAUGAAUUGGACAAAUAUUUGAUAACUAAUGCUACCACGGAGAAGAUUGAAGAAGCCGUGACGAAAUUCUGUGACAGUCUGCCGGCGGAGAUCAAAGCAUUUUGUGACGAAUACAAAGAUAAGAUUGUUCAAGCUUUAAUCGAUGGAGUGACUGGAGAGGAAAUUUGCAAGUUAAUCAAACUGUGUACUGCUACAAAACCCGAGGACAAUUUCAUUCAAGUUGCUGUUCCACAAAAAGAACCAAGUGAUGAAACCCGGGUUCAAGAUGGAGGGAAAUAUUGCGAUAUUUGUGAAAUAUUGAUGGGAAUUAUAGACACACAAGUCACCAUGAACAAAAGCAGUCAAGAAAUAAACGCCACCAUCUUCACCAUCUGCCACUUGUUUUCACGUGACGUCAUGAUAGUCUGUGAAGUAAUUGCACCAGUUAUUGUGAAGGAAAUAGAGGGAGGGUUCGACCCGCAGACUGCUUGUAAAGAUAUCAAACUUUGUACACAAGGCUUUUCAGGCGUUAUUGAUGAAACUUUGGCAGAAGUUGCAAAUAAGUUCAACGAGGAAAGGGAAAAGCAGAAAGAAUUGGAGGAUGCAAAGUGUGAACUUUGUGAAUUUCUUGUGAACAUAAUAGACCAGGAACUUGGGAGGAAUGCCUCGUUGGAUAAAAUUAACAACACCAUGUACUCCCUUUGUAAUCUACUUCCAGCCACCAUUAAAGAAACGUGUGACCUCAUAGCGCCAUCAGUAGUCAAAGAACUUGCCCAUGGACUCGAUCCUCUAAAGACUUGUGAGACGUUGAAACUCUGUACAAAUGGAUCAGUGUCUACGGACUUGCUACGAGGAUUUCGGGAACAAGCAAACAAAAUAAUGAGAAUUCCCCCUGCAGCAUCACCCGAGGAUGCAGUGUGUGAACUGUGUGAAUUCGUUGUGAAUAUAGUGGACCAAGAGCUUGGACAAAAUGCAUCAGUUGAUAAAAUUAACAAUACUAUUUACAGUCUAUGUAAUCUGCUUCCGGAUGCAGUUAAAGUCACAUGUAAUCUCAUAGCCCCAACUAUUGUCCAGGAGUUAGCGAAAGGUUUGGAUCCGCUGAAGACUUGUGAAACCCUUAAGUUGUGCACCAAUGGAACUCUUGCUCGCGAUGUAAUGGAGUCACCUAAAAAUGAGCAUGCUAAUGAAAGUGAAAGACCACAGGACAGUGCCGCAUGUGAGCUGUGCGAGUUUGUGGUUCAGAUUCUGGACGAGUACAUUCGGAAUAACUCCACCGGGGAAAGUAUCAAUGCCACAGUUUACAAAAUAUGCGCACUUUUGCCAGAACCUUUUCAAGAUUUGUGUAAUAACGUAGCACCGAACCUUGUGAAAACCAUUGAAGAUGGGGUGGAUCCAAAGAAAGCGUGCACGGAAAUCAAGCUAUGUCAAAAUGGGACUUAUGCUAUGCCUGCGACUUCACCAAUUUUGUCCUGUGAGAUGUGUCACGGGAUGGUGGAGGCUGUUUUACCUAGCCAAUUCACGGAACAGCUCGCCCUGAGAUUAUGUGAGGUCAGGUGUCCACGUGAGCACGUUAGACGAGAAAGAUCUGCAGUGAAAAAGCUUUCACAUUUUGAAUCCGAUGUUGUUCAAAUAAUGGAAGGAAAGAUGAAGCCCAAGAUUGGUAAUGACAUUGAAUGCGAUGUGUGUACUUGGAUGGCAGAAGCCACAAAUAUAUUCCUAGAAGACAACAAGACAGAAGACUCCAUUGAGUCUUAUCUUCGUGACAUUUGUAAAUUCAUACCGGAACCCUAUAGCAAGACGUGCUUAACCACAGUGCCGUUGAUUAUCAAAGAAUUAGAACAUGGAUUUGAACCAAGGAAAUUGUGCAAAGAACUGUUUCCCGACGACUGUAAAAAUGUGACCAAAGUACAUGGAGACAUGCCAGAAUUGUUGAUGUCUUUUAUUGGUGAAGCCAACCUGCCAAGUCAGAAGUGCGACCUGUGUAAACAAGCCAUGACAGUCUUAGCAAAAGAGCUGGAUCAGAGUGACGAGAAGGUCUUGGCAUACGUUGAGGACAUCUGUCAUCGCCUUCCAGAACCAACCAACAAAGCUGUAAGUAUCUCUGUUAACCAACAAAGCUUGUUCAAACGUAAUUGAUAAAGAUUACCCCAAGAUACUUCAGAAAAUCAUUCAAAUGCUUCUGGAUCCCACAAAGGUCUGCGAGAUGGUAAAAGUGUGUCCAUAAGGGUGAUAUGACAAACAUACAUCAAAUCGCUGAUAUCACUUGUAAUUCAGAGAUCAGAGGUGCUCUUUGUGAACAUGUAAUCUACAGCUACCAUCUUGACAUCCAUAUUCAUCGUUUAUUGUGAAAUACACUAUAACUGGACAAGUACAUGUAAUAAAUUCAAUUCUACAUUGA